GUGGUUCGUUUAUGGCACAUUGUUACCAGCAGCUUGUUUUCACCCCGGAUCCAAUGAACUUGAAUGAAGGGAUCUCAACUCUACUGAGCUGCUUCUUCCUGUCAUUGCUGUGAACACGGUCGCCUGAAGAAAGUAAUCGAGGAGUCGAAUGACGCCGUCUUAUCAGGUCUCUGGAGCCGAAUGGAAGAGCACAGCCUUUUUAAAGACUCACGAAUGCGAAUUUCCAGCAGGAUGAGCGCACGUUCAACAUGGCAUGUGUCUACUUAUAUACGUAACUUCCACAGGCUCUGCUCAGGGUAUCUAUUUCAACUUGUACCACCUCCAUCGAUAACGAUCAAUCUGUAUUCACCAUGAAUACAAUCGAGCCAGUUUUUGGCAUCAUUCCCACUAUUCAGAACUACGAUUGGGGGAAGAAGGGAAAGGACUCCAAGGUUGCGGAGUUUGCUCCUGGGGCCGGAAUAUGUGGAUUUACUUUGAAUCAAUCAGCUCCUUACGCCGAACUUUGGAUGGGCACGCAUGUGAAGUCGCCGUCGGGAGUGAUUGAUAGGAAGCAGAAUCUUACCCAGAUCUUGACUGAGAACCCUGGCUUCAUUGGGCACCAGGUAUCUCAGCGGUUCGAUACGACAAAUGGAAACCUCCCCUUCCUGUUCAAGGUCUUGGCCAUUGGCAAAGCCCUGAGCAUACAAACUCAUCCUGACAAGAAGACAUCAGAGAAACUUCAUGCCGAACAACCGACAGUUUACACUGAUCCGAACCACAAGCCUGAGAUGGCCUUGGCGUUGACAGAUUUCAAGGCGCUGUGCGGUUUCAUGCCAAUCACGAGGAUCGCUGAAUACGUCAAAGCCGUUCCCGAAUUCAAUUCGCUAAUCGAUUCGUCUAUCUCAGAGCAGAAGGCAGUCCUUAAGAAGCUCUUUGCAGCACUCAUGACCGCUGACGUUUCCAGUAUUGCAACACAACUUCGGACACUCGUUGCGCGUUACCAACGCGGAGGUCAGAAACCUCUAGAAGAGGAUGUCAAGGAUCUUGUCCUGACAUUGAAUGAGCAAUAUCCCGGAGAUGUCGGAGUAUUCUGCGCAUUCAUGCUAAAUUUCGUCCGAAUGACUCCUGGGCAGGCUAUUUUCCUGGGAGCUGGAGAGCCCCACGCUUACGUUGAAGGCGAUAUCAUGGAGUGCAUGGCCAAUUCGGACAACGUCAUUCGCGCUGGUCUUACCCCUAAACCCAAAGACAUUCCCAAUCUUGUUUCGGUUUUGACCUAUACGCCAUCAGAUUGGCAAAAACAUAUGGUCGAGCCGGUUGACAUCACACCACGCACCCGGAAAUAUGAUCCCCCAAUUCAAGACUUUACGGUUCUCCAGGUCAAGACCCAGAAGGGCGAGACCGAAACUCACGAGGCUAUUCCAGGUCCUUCAAUCGCAAUCGCUACCGAAGGUUCCGGCCGGGUAAGCUGGAGUGGUGGCGAGUUAGACUUACAAGCUGGAAGCGUCAUCUUCGUGGGAGCUGAAACUAAGAUAAAGUUCACUGCCGGAGACUCCGAAUUGGUUGUAUUUCGCGCGUAUGUCACAGCCUAACUAGGUGAUAGCACAAUUAGCAGGACAGAGGAUCAAUAUUAAUGGUUGAGUGUCCGCAUCCCGGACAUAAAUAACGAACGAUAUCAUUAAUAUUAUCA